AUGGCCGAUAGUCUGCCGCUCUCGUUCCCAGCUCUGUCAAACUGCGUGCAGUCGGCUCGCUCAGGUCCCAAGGUUGUACCCGGUGUGCCGGUCUCGUCGUGGAAGCAGGACGACAAGGUACUGCGCUGCGGGAUCUGUGCCAAGAAGUUCGGGCUGCUGCGCUGGAAGCACCACUGCCGAGCUUGUGGGGAUAUUUGCUGUCGUCGGUGUCUUGGAUUCUGCUUGGUGGACGUCCCGGAGCAAGGCGUGGACUUGGCGUACACUUGCGCUCGCUGCGUGCAGAAGAACACGAGCAAGCAUGCCCUUGUCGGAGAUGUCAACUGGCCUUACAGCGGAGACUCGCAGGGCUCCAGACUGCACUUGAGUCGAUCUGCCGAUUCGCUUGCGACCAUGACGAUGAGCGACUGCACACAGUCGCCAACUCCAGUCUCGCCAUGCUCGUUUUCAUGGUCGAUUACCCCGACUGCUUCCCCUCCCCAGAGCGCGCGCGACUUCGAUGUGGUUGUCAGUCAGUACCGCAACCAGAAACUUCACUCCGUCUGCUCGCUGCUCGUGGAUUAUCUCGACUGCGUCGGUGGAGCUAUCGUUCUGGUGCAGGACCAGCACCUGUGGGUCAUUGCACACAAGGGGCUCCGAUCGCGCGUUCUGCGGGACCCAACCUUUCUCUCCAUCUGCAGCCGAGCGCUGAGCACUCAAAACGCCUUCACCUUUUUCGGAGCUUCCCCACUGUUUGAUGUUCGUGAGUCAGCUGGACCAGCUCUUGGAUGCAUUGUGGCACUUGACACCCGACCACGUACCGCUGCUGCUGCCGCCAAAAUGGACGUCACGUUGGAGAACCUCGCAGACCACGUCAUGGACUUGCUGGCGCAGGAAGAAACCAUCUUGCGCGUGUACGCGUCAGGAGACUUCAAGAUUUUUGCAUCAAGCGCCACGGACAGCUUCCCUGCUCCGAGCGCGUCGUUCGACGGCUUUAGCAGCACCUCAUCCACCGUAGCUUCGGGCUCUCUCUUUUCGUCCGUGCACACGCGGCCUCGGCGAUCGAGCAGCUUCGCUUCCAGCGACGAAUUCUUCACUCGCAGCGCCAACUUCAAGGGAGACAGGUCCGCCAUUCGAAAAGCUGUUGACGUUGCCUUCUCCUCCAAGAACGAGCAAAAGCGAUCAGCUCUCGGCACCUCUCGCAGCGUUUCGGCCCUAAAAGCGGCAUGA